UUUACUUCCUGGUCCACGUAAGUGAGCUGGUCAGGUAGCUCCUAUGUGACAGAUGAUGGACGUUCGGCAGUCUCGUCUUAAAUAGUACCGGAACCUUUUUCACGUCCAGCCCGUAAAACCGAGUGGGCUGAGAUAGCGUCGUGUUCGGGACGUCUGUUUUGACGGAUCCGGAAUGUCUUGGUUCACGGACCUGGCCGGGAAGGCCGAAGACUUCCUCAACAAAGUGGACCAAGGGGCCGCCACCGCCCUGAGCAAGAGCCAGGAGAGGGCGUCCUCCUUCGCAUCGCCCGGUGAAGGGGGAGAUAGCGUGGAGUACAAGACCGACACAGCUUUGGCGCACGUAGCCUAUGCGUCCUCCCACGAUGCGCCGGGCUACAUCUCUGCAGCGGCCGGGAACAUCAGAAGAUCCAACGCCACGCUGCUGGCCGGCACGGCUAACGCGCCGGGCGCUCCCUUCGAGUCCGCCAUGAGCCCUCCCAACCCAGCCAAGGCCUCGUCCGGGUUUGUCAGGCGGAAAAAAAGCUCGCCCGACCUCAACGACGACAUGCUCUUUGACUUCCUGAACAGCACGGACACGCCCACCAGCGACAGGAAGGACGUGAGACAAGAUGUCCUCAAGGUAUCGGUUCCAGUUGCCGAGGUCCAAAACCCACCACCCCCGCCUCCUGUUGCCCCUCACGCCGUCCCCUCAGCCCCCUCCACUCCUCCUUCAACUCGAGGUGUCUCGCGGGCCUCGAGCCUCAGCUCGUUGUCGUCCCACAGCGUCAAAACAUCGGAGGACAGUUCUGGCAAAGACCAAAGCCAAGUAACCUGUCCCAUCAUGCCCUCUCCACCCUCCCAACCCCAAGACACACCUGAGAGUUCGGACUCUGGUCUGGCUCCUCCCCAGACAUCUGGCAGGCCGGAUCCUCCUCCAGCAGAGGAGCCGCACAGCCAGGUGCUGUCCAGUCUGCGUCUGGAGAACCAGCUGCUGCGCAGUGAGGUUGCCUCCCUCAACCAGGAGAUGGCCUCCCUCAUCCAGAGAGCAAAGGACAUGCAGGAGGAACUCAACCAGGCCCGCCUGCGGGCUGAGAAAUGGAACUCUGACCAGUCCCGCUCAGACCGGAGCGUAAGGGAGCUUCGGUCGCAUGUUGAUGACCUAACGGAAGCCCUCUCGGCUAAGGACGGUCAGCUCGCGGUUCUCAAAAUCCGACUCGACGAGGCUGAUCAGUUGCUGAAGUCUCGCAGCUCUGCGCUAGAGGAAGCACAGAAUGAAAAGUCAAGAAUUAUACAGAACCACUCACAAGGGAGUAGCCUUCAGUCCCAAGCUCUUGAGACGAUGCAGGAGAGGGUGAGAGAAGCUGAGCUGGCCCUCAGGAGGGAACAGGAAAGCUACCGACAAAUGCAGAGUGAAUAUGCUGCCCGGCUAGCCAAAGUGGAGGCAGAGAGGCAAACCCUGGCGGAGGCCAUGACGGCAGCAGAGCGGCGGGCAGCAGAGGAGAAGCACAGGGCUGAGGAUCUCCAGCAACAGAUCAAAGGUGCCAAAGCUUCAGCGGAGAACGUUAAGCAGGAACUGCAAGACUAUAAGCACAAAGCCUCGCGUAUCCUCCAGUCCAAAGAGAAGCUGAUCAGCAGUUUGAAGGAGGGCUCCGGUCUGGAGUCCCUGGAGGGGGUCGGAGCCUCGGCUGUGGAGCUGGAGGAGCUACGCCAUGAGAAGGAGCUGCAGAGAGAAGAGAUCCAGAAGUUGCAGGGCCAAGUGCACACGCUUCGCACUGAGAUACAAGACUUGGAGAACCAGGCCCUGACGGAGGCGGAGACGUGGCACGAGCAGCAGUUGGAGAUACAGGAGCAGCAAGCCUUACAGUACAAAGCCAAACAGGAAGUAGAGGCUGAAGUGGAGCGCUACAAACAGGAGCUCCAGUACAUUGAGGAGGAGCAGCGCCGUACCAAAACCACGCUCCAGAGCCGGAUAAAGGACAGAGAGGACGAGAUCCAAAAACUCAGGAACCAGCUGACCAACAAGACUCUGAGCAGCAGCAGCCAAGUGGAGCUGGAAAGUCGUCUGCACCAGCUGACGGAGACGCUGAUACAGAAGCAGACGAUGCUGGAGGCUCUAGGAACAGAGAAGAGCUCCCUGGUCUUCCAGAUGGAGCGGCUGGAGCAGCAGAUGAAGAGCACCCAGGGAGGACAGUGCGUAGGGCCGGCCAUCAACAUGAGCAGCUUGGAGGGACCAGGGGCACGGCAGAGGAACAUGCCGGUCCUUUUUAAUGACCAGGACAGCCCUGGAGUGUACGGCAAAGUACGGAAGGCAGCCAGCACCAUCGACCGCUUUAGCAUAAGACUGGGAAUCUUCCUGAGACGCUACCCGAUGGCCAGGAUCUUUGUUAUCCUGUACAUAGCACUACUGCACCUUUGGGUUAUGGUUGUUCUCCUGACCUACACACCAGAGAUGCACCAUGACCAUCCUGAUGGUAGAUAAAGGGCUUUACUUACGUGAGCUGGAUAUCAGAUGUCUGCUCUCCCUGUGAGGCUGGUACACGCUGCUGGAUCAUGGUUCAAAGCUAGAGUACUCUCUUUAGGACCUGACUCUCCUUGUUUUGCACAGACAUGCCAUUGAUUACAAACUUUGGUUUUUCUUACUACAUGUGUUUCCAUUUCAGUCUGAGGAGCCACAGCUGACAGUAGCAUGGAGUUUAAAGGAAUUUUGCAGUGCUCCACUUCAGUAGUUGGGCUCUCAGUGGGAAAUGAAAUCAGACUUGAUUUAACACAACCCCUCUCUCUCUCUCUCCCCCUCUCUCUUCAUCGCCUGCUUUCAGACAUGUUUUUCUUUGAGACUGUAUUUAACUGUAAAGAGUCUUUUAAUAAAUAUCCUAGAAGAAUCAAGA